AUGUCAUCUGAUAAUACAUUGAUUGAAAACAAUGAAAAACAUCUUGAAGAUGAAAAGAAACAGAACGUUAUUGUAAGGAUUUCCAGUAUUCAUCCAUUUUCAGACAACCAUGAAAAGAUGUUAUCUGGGUAUCAUUCUAUUUAUUGGGGUAUCAUUCUAUUUAUUGGAGUGUUAGUCAAUAUUUAUUGGGGUAUCAUUCUAUUUAUUGGGGUAUCAUUCUAUUUAUUGGGGUAUCAUUCUAUUUAUUGGGGUCCUUUCAUAAGUAAGAGAAUGGUUUUUAAACAAUACAUGCCAGACAAGAGAAUGGUUUUUAAACAAUACAUGCCAGACAAGGUAAUACAUGCUGACAUACUGACUUUUCAGUUAUGUAUCAUUAUUUUCAGAGAAUGUGUUUUUAAACAAUACAUGCCAGACAAGAGAAUGGUUUUUAAACAAUACAUGCCAGACAAGAGAAUAGUUUUUAAACAAUACAUGCCAGACAUGCCAGACAAGAGAAUGGUUUUUAAACAAUACAUGCCAGACAAGAGAAUGUGUUUUAAACAAUACAUGCCAGACAAGAGAAUGGUUUUUAAACAAUACAUGCCAGACAAGAGAAUGGUUUUUAAACAAUACAUGCCAGACAAGAGAAUGUGUUUUAAACAAUACAUGCCAGACAAGAGAAUGGUUUUUAAACAAUACAUGCCAGACAAGAGAAUGUGUUUUAAACACUACAUGCCAGACAAGAGAAUGGUUUUCAAACAAUACAUGCCAGACAAGCCAACACAUGCUGACAUACUGACUUUUCAGUUAUGUAUUAUUAAUUUCAGAGAAUGGUUUUUAAACAAUACAUGCUGA